AUGUCGUUCAAGUCAUGGCAGUGUGGAGGCAGUGUGGAGGUGGCGCCCUGCAGUCGUGUUGGUCACAUCUUCCGUAAGCGUCACCCCUACUCCUUUCCUGAGGGCAAUGCAAACACAUAUCUCAGGAACUCCCGGCGUGUGGCGGAGGUGUGGCUAGACGAGUUCAUUCACUUCUUUUACGAGACAAGACCCAGCGCCCUCCAGCGACCAUACGGCGACGUGACAGACAGGAAGGAGUUGAGGACAAGACUGGGGUGUCGUGGGUUCGGUUGGUACCUGAAGACAGUCUACCCGGAGUUGGCCACCCCUUCAAGACACGAGUUGGCGUACGGUCAGCUGAGACAACUCAACCUAUGCUUACAGGGGCCUGACCCACCCGCUGAUAAGAAACAGCAGAAGGCAGAAGAGUCAUCAGAACAGCUGGUGGAGGUGACCUCAUGUAUCGGGGAGCGGACCACGCAGGAGUGGACGCUGACACAGGACCAGGGCUGUAGCUCAGGGCAGCCGCUGUCUGGCCAUCGUCUCCCCCAGGGACGCCAGGGUCCACAUCCAGCAGUGUGUGGCCGGCCCCAAGCAGGGUCAGGGCAGGGCACCUUACAGAAGACGAAGGAGAAAGGUUGCCGAGGAAAAAACUUGAAGGCCAAAUUGGGGCAAGGCGAUGAUUGGGUCAAGCGGUUCAGGUGGCUUUCUAGCAGCUCUCAGUUCUGCAGAAUUUGGGUCGCUCAUCCUUGGCUUGAAAGGAACCAACUUCACAACCUGAGACUUUUUGUCCAAUUCAUCGUGGUGUCUACUUACCCAGUGGUUCCAACACCAAAGGGUCAAGGCUCUGAAGUCCAAUCUAAGGUGCAAGACCUCACUGAUCUCAUAGAUCGGAUAAUAUCAGGCGGCAGUGAGCCCCCUCUCUUACCUGCCAGCUCGCCCAAUGUUCAAAGGCUGCGCCAGGCCGCUGAGUUACAACACGGUGCCUCAGGUCUGUGUCUCGAUUCCGCCAGCGACUACGGUGCUCUCGCUCAGCCUUGCCACAACAACCUUCUCUCACAGCAAUGGGACUUCUCCGUCGAGCUACAGGCCCUCACCACCCUGUAG